UUACCCAAAUUUCUACAAAAUUAUUUAUUAUGAAAAAAUAUACCUAAAUGGAAGAUGAAAAGAAAGACGCCACGUCUCCAGAAAAAUGCUCUCAUUAUCAGUCACUUCAGCUAAUUCAGGACAACAACGGUAGAAAAUACAUUGCCUGCGAUCUGAGGAAUCGGAAUUUGGCCAAGUGCCGCAGUUGCCUCACUCUCUACUGCCACAAACCCUACGAGGUCAAGAGGUCACUGUCGGUAUAUUCCGCAAGAUCAAGGUUAAAAAAUAAAUCUGAGGAGAAUCCAAAGUGCAAACAGAGUACUAAGAGUCCCAAUAAAUCAAAAAGUAAUUCCGUAAAUGAAAAAAAAUGAAUUAGAAUCUAUAAAGUUUCGACCUAAGGCGAUAAGGCGAUCUGUUCUAAAGGAAACCAACAGAUACAGAGAUCUCCAUAAUGCUAGACCCCUGAAAAUGGAUGAAAAUUUAACUUCUUAUGCCCAGGAAUGGGCAGAUCACUUGGCUUGCAACAAUCUGUUGGAAACUAGACCACUUCCUCUUUACGGGCAAAAUAUAAUAUGCGCUCGUAAGGAACUUUUCGCUGUUAACCAAAUAAUGAAACUCUGGUAUCAGGAGAAGUACAAUUACGACUAUUUUAAACCAGAAUUUGACUUAUACACCGGUCAUUUUACUCAAAUGGUUUGGAGAGAAACGGAGUUCCUAGGAGUUGGCGUUUCAUCAAAUGAUUCCCGCAUUUGGAUUGUGUGCAACUUCAACCCACCUGGAAAUAUAACAGGACACUUUAAAGAGAAUGUUCACCCAAGAAAAACGUUUUUCCCCGCAUCCAAUUUUGAAGAUGAGCAGGAAACACACAAGUCUCAAGAAACUAUAUUUAAUGAGGGAAAGAGUGUAAAAUUUUCGUUGGCAAAAAAAUCCAGUCCCAACUCUCAGUAAAAAAACAGUAAAAAAAAAGGCUUCCAAAACUUGUAAAAAUUUUAUUUACUAAAACUGGACCCGUGUCCCGUAUUAAUCUUCAGAUUUUGAUAGCUGAAGAAGCAAAA